CAGUAAAACAUUUAAAGGUAUUUUAGACUCGAAUCCAUAUGAAAAUUUGGACGUCAAGAAAAAAGAAUGUAUCGACCACGUUCAAAAGAGGAUGGGAACGCGACUUCGGAAUUUGAAAAAAAAUGUACGAGGUCUUGGUGGCAAAGGCAAACUAACCGGAAAAUUAAUUGAUGAUCUAUCAUUAUAUUUUGGUCUGGCAAUACGUCGAAAUCAUAAUUCAAUUGUUAAUAUGAAGAAAGAAAUAUGGGCCACGCUUUAUCACAAGAUUUCCACGGACGACAACCCGCAGCACGAUAGAUGUCCAGAUGGCGAAAAUUCCUGGUGCUCGUGGAAAAAGGCUAAAUCUCGCAACGAACUCGUCAAUUAUCAACACAAAUCAGCAAUGAAAGACGAAGUUUUCAAUGCUGUUAAAUUCAUUUAUGAAGAACUCAGCCAGGAUAACACCAGGUGUUUGGGUGGGUUUACGCAGAACAGCAACGAGUGUUUCAAUUCUGUUCUGUGGGCGCUCGCUCCUAAAACCAUGUCCAGUGGCAAAAAAAUCAUCGACAUUGCUGCUGAUAUUGCAGUAUGUAAUUUUAAUGAUGGAUUACAGAGCAUUAUGGACAUUAUGCAAACUUUGAACCUACCUAUAAGUCAAAGUUGCUACGAUUUUUGUAUAAAAGCCGAUAAUUAUCGUAUUCAGAGAGCGGAGGUUUCGAUUACUGAAGCUGCUCGAGAGGCUAGAAGAAGUGGUGUUUCUGCUCACAAGCUUGCUAAUGAAGAAGAAAUAGAUGCUGAAGGUAUCCUGUAUGGCGCAGGUAUUGCAGAUUGACGAUUUUUGUUCUAGGAGCCACGUAGAAGAAGGAAUUUGACACGCAGACUGACGGUGUUCCUCAAAAGCCGUAUACUUUGGCCCCACCUACAAGAGGCUAUUUUUUACUUUUUCGACAUUAAAAAAUUUUUUAUUGCAGCUUAAGAUUGUCUUAAUGAAUGGCUAAAACCGAUUUUCUUUCUGCGCAUUUUUUGUAUGAAAAAAAAAAUCAUGAAAAACGCCUCCAAAAUUGCAAUCAAAGGUGGUAUCCUGCCUUAAUGAAGAAUAAGUUUUUUUCUAUGGUAGAAAAUCUAGUAGACUUAUCAAAAAUACAAAAUUUUGUUUUGGGAGCUGAUAUCUGUAAGUCUAAAUCGUAGAGAUUUUUCCCUAUUAGUUGUAAAUUGUAGUUUAAUUUGGUUGUAAUACAAUUAAUAGAUUUGUGUUUGAAAAAGAUUACCAAAUCAUCUGCAUAAGCUAGAAUUCUAAUGCUUUUUUCUAAACCUAAUGCUACUCCUGAAGUAUAUAUAUGAUAGAGUAUGGGGCUUAAAACCGACCCCUGAGGAAGACCAAUCG